UCUAAAUUUGCUAGUCUAGGAAUCACAUGGCUUUUCACACCAUCAAAUUUGUCUCUGAGGCCGCUGCUACUAUUAAUUCAACUCUCUUCUAAACACCCUUUCACCCAAACCAACAACACACAACAACAACAACUCUUUAGUCAUAUAAAUGUCUCAAACCUUAACUCAGACCAUGCACCCCGUCACUGAGAUAGAAGAAGAUAACUCCUCAGACUUUACCUUCAACAAUCAUCAACAAGAGAACAAGGAGGAGGAAGACACCGUCUAUGUAGCCGUCGGAAAGAGCCCCAGUAGCAUCCAAGCCUUGUCAUGGACCCUCACCAACUUCACCACUCCAUCUACCAUUCUCUAUCUCAUACACGUUUUCCCAGAGAUCAACCUCCUUCCAAAUCCAUUGGGAGUUGGAGUGAUUCCGAAGGAGCAAGUGAGUCCUGAGCAUGUAGAGAGCUACAUGGCACAAGAAAGAGGGAAGAGAAGAGAGCUGCUUAACAAAUUCCUCCAAUUAUGUUCUGCUUCCAAGGUUAAGGUCGAAACAAUCUUGAUUGAGAGUGACUUGAUUGCAAAGGCUAUCAUCGACCUCAUUCCCAUUCUUCAAAUAAGAAAACUAGUGAUUGGAGCAAGCAAAUCUCAAAUACGAAAAUUGAGAUCAAAGAAAGGGAGUGGCAUAGCUGAUCAGAUACUUCAGAAUGCUCCAGAAAGUUGCAAUGUGAGUAUUGUAUGUGAAGGAAAGGAAGUAAAUGAACAGAUAGCCGCUGCCAUUGCCACUGAUACUUCCAUGUCCCAGAAAAACAAGCAUCAUCAAAAUGCUUCGGUUUCCUGUGUUUGUUUCAACUUUUAAGACCAAAGCUUUUCAUAAGUACUGUGUGUCAGUCACUCAAUUUCAGCAUUGGGAAUAGUUCCCUAAGUCAAUGUUGGUUUUAGAUUUUACCCUUUGAAAAACCAACAAUCUUCAUGAAUCUACCAUUGUUUAUAUAGAGAUGUGGAUUGGGUUUAAGAAUCUACCAUAUAUUUACAAUUUUUUGUUUAUUCUGUU